AUGCGGCAUUUUGCUACGUAUGUUCAUUAUUUCCAUCCGGACCUGGCAGGGAGCAUGCCGAUACAGCAUGGUCUAUAGAUGGUAUGCGACAAUAGCCGAAUUCAUAUUAGAGACGGGAAACUCGUCUUAGACGGGAAACUCGUCUAAUAUGAAUCCGGGGGCAGACGAGUUUCCCGUCCGAACUUACCCGUCUAACUUACCCGUCUAAACAGACGGGAAAGUUAGACGGGAAUCUGAUCUAGACGGGAAACUCAUCUUAAAUUCGAAUUUAUCCGUCCCUAAAUUCAUAUUCAGACGGGUUUUCACAGACGAGUUUCCCGUCUAAGACGAGUUUCCCGUCCCUAAUAUGAAUUCGGCUAUUGGCACAAAAUGACCAGUCGAGGAACUAAGAAGAAAGGAAAACUUGCUGACCAUUUUGGAUCGAAAAGCCAUAAGGCCGCAUUAGCGGAUUUCUAUGCUUUUAGUCAAGAGUCGUUAAAUGUAGACUUACUCCUUGAUAAAGAAAAACGUUCCAACAUUAUUCAAGCGGAAAAGGACAAGUUGACAAACAAAGACGCUGUGUUUAUUCUGCUUGACGUUGUACGCACUCUGGCCCGACAAGGGAUAGCUUUCAGAGGUAGAUCAACGAAUUCAACGCACAAGCAGGAUGAAGAAGAUGGCAAUUUUAACCAGAUUGUCGAACUUCUAUCUAGGCAUUGUCCAAGCCUCAAUAGAUGGCUCAAUGAGGUUCGUUUGCGACCAUAUCAUGUUACAUACAUGAGCCACGACUCGCAAAACGAAAUGAUUGAUAUUUUGGCAGAGAAUAUUCGGGACAAGGUGAAAGAAGAAGUAAGCGAUUCAAAGAUGUUUUCCGUUAUGGCGGAUACUACCCCUGACACUUCAAACAAGGAUCGCCUUGCUGUUGAUGUCCGAUAUGUUAAGGAGGAUAGUCCAUCUUUUGCAGUUAAAGAACGACUUAUUGAAGUUAAAGAAAGGACCGAUAAAACAGGCGAUGGACAAGCCAGUGAUAUCCUUACGUCAUUAGAAGAUAGUGGUUUGAAGUCCUCUGAACUGGUUUUCCAGUCCUAUGAUUUCGCUUCAAAUAUGUCUGGAAUACACAAUGGUGCGCAGGCAGAAAUUGAAAAGAAAUUGGAUAGAAAAGUUCCAUACAUUCCUUGCCAGGCUCAUAGAUGGAAUACUUUGGUUGAGCACGGAUGUGAAAGUAGACAUAUCAUCCAGGAACUGUUCAACAUCCUACAGGAGCUCUAUGUUUUUUUCUUAGGAAGCACAAAGCGUCACGCUGUCAUAGCUAAGCACCUGGAACAAGUUGAAAACUGUCUUCAGCUAAGAAAUCUCGGACAAGGUGGAUGGCAAGGGCAGAAUCCAUCAAAGCUGUGUGGACAUCUCUUGAAGCUAUAGUUAAAGCCUUAGAGGAAGCUUUCGCAGCACCAAAAUUGGAUGCAAAAGUCAAAGCAACAAUUUCUGGGUUGCUGAAGAACGUAAAAAGCUUUGAUUUUACUGUCUCCUUAAUGUUUGUGAAGAACAUUAUGUUCAAGACUAAGAUCUUAAGCGAAAUCCUCCAGCAAGAAGAACUUAACAUUGUAAAUGCUUUAGAGCUGACGAAAGCCACUCUAACAUCUUUGGAAAGAAUCAAUAACGAAGAAACAGAGAUGAAUGAUAUGAUAGAAGCAGCUGUGUUGUAUGCGAAGACGUCAUUCCAAAUUGAUGCCAAAGAAGAAUUUACAAGAAGUCACCGCGUAAGGCGUAUACCGAGGCGAUACGACGAAAAUCCCCAAGAAACCACAGCUUUCACCUUUUAUCAAUAUUAUAGAAAGGAGUUCAAGUGCGUUUUGGAUGUCCUUAUCUCGCAAUUUAGGGACAAGAUGCAGCCGACAUUGGAUGUUAUCGCCCCUAUAGCCCACGCUCUGCAGGUUCCUUUGCACGAGCCAUCGCCUGAAAUCAUACAGAAACUCGCAGAAAUGUUCCCCAAUGAUGUGGAUGCUGACGUGUUAGAAGCUGAACUUGAAGUUUUCAAAAACAUAGUCGACCACAAGGAAGAAUUAAAGAACGGAAGCAUGGACAACAUCGUCCAAUUUGCUUAUGAGCAGAGAAAAACACUGCCAUUAAGAUGCAAGGCAUAUCAGUUAAUGCUAACAGCUCCAAUUUCAGUCGCUAAAGAUGAGAGAACUUUCAGUCAUCUGAAAUUCGUGAAGAGUGUUUACCGCUCAACAAUGGGGGACAAGAGGUUAGAUAAUUUGAUGCUGUUAAAUUGUGAAAAGGACCUGACAGAUG